AGGUCAGAUAUAGAGACGAAUUCGCGAUGUUGAGGGGCAAUCACGAGUCCCGGCAAAUUUCUGAAGUUUACGGGUUCUAUGAUGAGUGCUUGCGGAAAUUCGGCGACGUGGACGUGUGGCGAAUGUUUACAGACUUGUUUGACUACAUUCCCAUCAGCGGCUUGAUUCGCGGGGAAUUGUUGUGCAUGCACGGCGGUUUAAGCCCAGAACUCAAUACCAUUGACGAGAUUUGGGAAUUGGAUCGGAUUCAGGAAGUUCCCCCUGCUGGUCCCAUGUGUGACUUGCUGUGGUCCGACCCAGCGGAUGAGGAGGGGUGGACAGUGUCAUCUCGCGGAGCCGGCUGGUUAUUCGGUCCGGACACCAGUCUCGCGUUCAACCACACCAACGGACUCAAAAUGAUUGCGCGCGGUCACCAAAUGCUCAUGGAGGGCUAUGACGUGACACACGAUGGACGAGUUGCGACUAUUUUUUCGGCCCCGAAUUACUGCUACCGAUGCAAUAAUUUAGCGGGAAUGAUGCAGGUGGACGACAAACUCAACGUGUAUUUCAAAGACUUCCGCGCUGCCCCGAGACGAGCUUCUUUCAGUUCCAAGAAACUGAUGAACAUGUUCUUGUGAUAUAUUUUGCGCGGGAAAGGAAAAAAAGUGGGGAUCGCAUCGUGUCAUCGUUAUUCUGUUCAAAUACUGUAUAUUGUUCGAAAAAGAAUUGACCGUGGUGUGAGACCAUGCAUGCAUGAGAUACAGCAGUCCUUGAAAAGUGGAA